AUGUGGGCACCUGUUAUCUAUGAGGGUUCACCCACCCCGGUGAGAGCAUUCCUUUCUAUUGCGCCUAAAAUCUCUAUUUCGGCAAAUAUGUCACGUGUUUCUAUUGUUGCUUCCUAUGGGGGUACAUUACAACAAAUCUUGUUUUUCUGCAGCAUUGCUUCUAUGAUCUUAGGAGCACUGGCCGCCAUGGCCCAAACGGAAGUCAAAAGACCUCUAGCUCAUAGUUCGAUUGGACAUGUAGGUUAUAUUCGUACUGGUUUCUCAUGUGGAACCUUAGAAGGAAUUCAAUCACUACUAAUUGGUAUAUUUAUUUAUGCAUCAAUGAUGAUAGAUGCAUUCGCCAUAGUUCCAGCAUUACGGCAAACCCGUGUCAAAUAUAUAGAAGAUUUGGGCGCUCUAGCCAAAACGAAUCCUAUUUCGGCUAUGACCUUCUCCAUUACAAUGUUCUCAUACGCAGGAAUACCCCCGCUAGCUGGCUUUUGUAGCAAAUUCUAUUUGUUCUUCGUCGCUUUGGGUUGUGGGGCUUACUUCCUAGCCCCAGUGAGAGUAGUGACUAGCGUUAUAGGUCGUUGGGCGGCCGGAAGGUUGCCAUGAGUAAGGUUGGGAGACCGAAGGCAGUUUUCCGUGCACCGGACACGUAGCUUACCGAAUCAGUUGCAACACAGAUGGGAAUGCAUGCUACGAAAGA